AUGGCCUCCGCUGAGGAUGAGCGACCUGCCAAACGCACGCGCCAGGCUUGCGAGACUUGUCGGCGUAAAAAGACAAGAUGUCCCGGGGAAAAGCCUAUCUGCUCCUUUUGCGAGCGACUGGGUCAGAAAUGCGUUUACGCGGGUAGCGCCGAGGCCAUCGACGAGGGCUCAGAGUUCGCAAAGAAUAUGGAAGAUCGUGUUUCAAGAAUCGAGAGCAAAUUGGAACAUUUGAUUGAGUACAUUGCUGCCGGCCAACGACAAUCUCAGCCAACUGCCCGGUCCCCUAUGGUUAGUCUUCAUGCGAGUGAACAAAAUUUACCACAUCCAGAACUUUCGUCUGGAAGUCAUGCACCCAUACAAUCUCCACGUCCAUCUGACUUGGCUCUCAUCAACUUAUAUCGAAUCUUCUGCAAUUUUCAGCCCCUCCCCCUUUUCCCAAGAGAAGGCUCUUAUGCGUCAUUAGCCAGCCGAGAUCCAGAACUUGUUCUUGCCAUGGAGGCCCUUGGUGUUCGCUUUCUCGGCAGGGGCGUCCAGGACAGCCAAACCAAUGAGCAGAUUACGUUCAAAACAAAAAUGGCUUCUCAAUUAGUAAUGGCGCGCCUAACAGAAGGAAAUGUGGAAUUAUCCACAAUUCAAACGCUGUGUCUGCUGAGCAUGUUGGAAUUUACAGCUGGAAACCUUGUCCGAGCAGGUUUCUAUGCCAAAAAUGCAAACUUUUUCAUGCAGAACAUCCGAGUCGGUGACCUAGAGUCUCUGAAACAUUUGGAAUCAGAACGUGAUGAACGAAAGCUAUGCCAUGCCAGUGUCAUGAUGCUUCGAAACCUUCAGGGGUUCUUACCUUUCAAGGAUAAUAUGGACCAAUCUAGCGAGACUACACUUGAAACGCCAUGGCUUGAAGCAUUGAUAUCCCGAAAAGAUCCUCGAAGAGGAGGUAACGACUCCAAGUUAGACAUCGGCAUCAAGGCUGCCAAUAUGCACAUAAGUGAGCUGUGGGCUCUAGCAUGCAAAUAUGCCAUGAAUCAUGCCGGCGUCGACACAAACCCUCCUUGGCAUCCACAGUCAGACUACGCAAUGAUCACCUACCGGCAUACUGAACAUGAAAGCUGCAUGCCACUCAGAUUCCGGCUUCAUGCGAGCCGAUUUUCAGACCACUCGCUAGCCGAACUACAGACAAAUCGUGGUUACUGGGGUCCCUGGCUAUUCUUCCAAAUCGUUUGGCAUGCAAUCCCAGCCCUUUUAAACCACCCUUUUCUUCUUUCUAUGCGCCUCAGAAACUUCAGAAGGACCAUGCCCCAGUCAUUCCUUCGCAACUCCUUCGAGCAGCUCACCUUCCAUUCGGGCUGGAUUGUGCAUUUCCUUGAACUUGUGGAAUCAAAGAGCUUUGAAGUCUCCGAUCCAACCUUGGGACACUGCGUGGCUAUCGUCGCUACCAUCUAUCUUCAGCACAGCUUUGCGGAAGAUCAAGUCUUUAGCAAAAAGGCGCAGACAGGAUUCGAGAAAUGUCUUCGUUUCCUGCGGGCAAUGGCCUACCGGUGGCCUCAUAUUGAUCGCCAGGUUCGACAACUAGAACAGCUUCGGGGUAGUAUUUCUCCUGGAGGCCUCAUGACAGACGCGAGUACACCAAAAACAGGUUCCAAUCAUCGCCAAAAGUGGUCCGUCAAUUUACAACUCCUACGAAAUAUUCUGGUUUACUCGCAAGCAAGCAAGUCUUCGAACCCUGCUGGCGAUAUUUUCGGGCCUGAACUGGUCAGGGAUAGCAUCGCAAGCGGCGCGUCAUCCGCCGGUAUUAUUGCUGAUCCCGGCUUUUCCCUGAUUGGAUCUGCGGGUAUAUCAGGACACAAAACAGUUGCUGCCGAGUGUGUGACUUAUCCACCAGAGCAGACAGAGCAUUCCAGUCAGCUGCAGCAAGAAUCGGAUCAAGCGGCACCUGUUAUAGAUUUCCCGGAUUUCACGCAAGAUCAGAACUUGGACUUUACGGGCGGGGACACGCUAUUUUUGCAGCUCCAGGACUAUGAAAGGGCAUUUGAGGACUGGCUGAGCUUGAGCACAUGA